AUGUCGAAGCGAGGGCGUGGAGGAUCGGCCGGCAACAAGUUCCGGAUGUCUCUGGGGCUGCCGGUGGCCGCGACUGUGAACUGCGCGGACAACACCGGCGCCAAGAAUCUUUACAUUAUAUCGGUAAAGGGUAUCAAGGGUCGGUUGAACAGGCUGCCGUCGGCUUGUGUGGGCGAUAUGGUGAUGGCCACGGUGAAGAAGGGAAAGCCUGAUCUGAGGAAGAAAGUCAUGCCGGCUGUCAUCGUCAGGCAGAGAAAGCCGUGGAGAAGAAAGGAUGGCGUCUACAUGUACUUUGAAGAUAAUGCUGGUGUCAUAGUCAAUCCGAAGGGGGAAAUGAAAGGUUCUGCUAUUACCGGUCCAAUUGGGAAGGAAUGCGCAGAUUUAUGGCCAAGGAUAGCUAGUGCUGCUAAUGCCAUUGUUUAA